CUCUUACAACUCUAUCAACUAACAAAUUACAAACUUUGAAUUACCCAAAUGGCUACAAGAAUCUGUUUUCUUCUUGCCUUAACCGCUGCAUCACUAUCCUUCUCUUUCGCUGCUUCCCACGAUUUUUCCAUCGUUGGAUAUGCCCCCGAGGAUUUAGAGUCUCAUGACAAACUCAUCGAACUCUUCGAAAACUGGCUCUCCAACUUCGAGAAAGCUUACGAAACCGUUGAAGAGAAGUUUCGUAGGUUCGAAGUUUUCAAGGAUAACCUAAAGCACAUCGAUGAGACUAACAAGAAAGCGAAAAGCUACUGGCUUGGUCUCAACGAGUUUGCUGAUUUGAGCCACGAAGAAUUUAAGAACAAGUACGUGGGACUCAAGACUGAUAUAGUGAGACGCAAUGAUGAUGAAAGAUCUUACCAAGAGUUCGCUUAUAAGGACGUUGAGGCUUUGCCUAAAUCUGUUGACUGGAGAAAGAAAGGAGCCGUGAGCUAUGUCAAGAACCAAGGCUCUUGCGGAAGUUGUUGGGCGUUUUCGACCGUGGCUGCAGUGGAAGGUAUAAACAAGAUUGUGACAGGAAACUUGACAACAUUAUCAGAACAAGAACUCAUAGACUGUGACACAACCUACAACAAUGGCUGCAACGGUGGUCUCAUGGACUAUGCUUUUGACUACAUUGUCAAGAACGGUGGUCUUCGCAAGGAAGAGGACUAUCCUUACUCCAUGGAAGAAGGAACCUGCGAGACGCAAAAGGAUGAAUCUGAAAUGGUGACUAUCAAUGGGCACCAAGAUGUACCUACCAAUGAUGAGAAGAGUCUCUUGAAGGCAUUGGCUCAUCAGCCUCUCAGUGUCGCCAUUGAUGCUUCUGGUAGAGAGUUCCAGUUCUAUAGCGGCGGUGUCUUUGAUGGGCGGUGCGGGGUGGAUUUGGAUCAUGGUGUGGCUGCGGUUGGGUACGGAUCAAGCAAGGGUUCGGAUUACAUCAUAGUGAAGAAUUCUUGGGGACCAAAGUGGGGAGAGAAAGGUUACAUUAGGAUGAAGAGGAACACUGGUAAAGCAGAGGGUCUCUGUGGAAUCAACAAGAUGGCUUCUUUCCCCACCAAAACUAAGUGAUGAGAUCACUUUCUUUAUCUUCAUUUGAUCAUAUCAAUAUGAAUGUUAUAUCACGAAACUGUAGUUUCAAUUGUUUCCUCUUUUGAUUAUUGAAUAGAAAUGUUGUAACACCUAUUGGCAAUAAUAAGUUUUCCAAGAAUAACAAAAACUAGCUGUCAUGUCUGAAGCAA